CGCCAAAUGUGGGGAGAAUGCCAAAACAUCUCUGUCUCGUAACAUCUUUCCUUCACCAUCCGAGAGGGAGAGAUAUGGAUUCAGCGACUCCACCGUCGCCGGAGCUCAUACUCGACAGGCUAAGAACGCUCAAGGUCGUGGGUAAGGGAGCCAUGGGUACCGUCUUCCUCGUCAACGACAUCGUAGCCGAUCCUUCUGCUCGCUGCCCCUUCGCCCUCAAGGUCGUCGAGAAGUCCUCCUUCCACAACAAGCUCGACGCGGAACGUCGUGCCCGCUGGGAAAUCCAUGUCCUCUCUCGCUUGACUCAUCCGUUUCUUCCCUCCCUUCUAGGGACCUUUGAGGACCAUCAGUUCUUGGCCUGGGCCAUCCCUUACUGUCCGGGCGGCGACCUCAACGUCCUUCGUUACCGUCAAUCUGAUCGGGUCUUCGCCCCUGCCGUCAUUCGCUUCUAUUUGGCAGAGAUCAUCUGCGCUUUAGAGCACCUUCAUGCCCUGGGCAUCGCCUAUCGUGAUUUGAAGCCGGAGAAUGUCCUUGUCCAGCAGUCCGGUCACGUGACUCUCACGGACUUCGACCUGUCUCGCCACCUCACCCCCAAAACCAUCAAAACCGCCAUCGCCGUCGAGCAAAAUCUGUCCGAUAACCGAAGCAAGCAUCGCCGGAAUUUCACGCGAUGGAUUCCAGUCCCGUCGGACAUUAUUCACCACAAAAGAGGAUUGGUGAAGGCCAAGUCGGCCCGAGUCAUCCCGGUGAGCAGAAGGAAAGCAAGUUUCUCAAAUGGUGAGCGUUCUAACUCGUUCGUGGGCACAGAGGAGUACGUUUCGCCCGAGGUCGUCCGCGGCGAGGGACACGAGUUCGCCGUCGACUGGUGGGCCCUGGGCAUAUUGACGUACGAGAUGCAGUACGGCACGACGCCGUUUAAGGGAAGGAAUAGGAAAGAGACGUUUCGUAAUGUUCUGAUGAAAGCGCCAGAAUUCGUAGGGAGGCGAACAACAUUAACCGACCUGAUUGAACGGCUGCUGCAGAAAGACCCCGCAAAGCGCUUGGGUUACGCGCGCGGUGCCAGCGAGAUCAAGGAGCACGAGUUCUUCAGAGGGGUCCGGUGGGACCUACUAACGGAGGUCGUGCGGCCACCGUUUAUUCCGUCAAGAGAUGAUGGGGACCGGACGGGGCGAAGAAUGAGCGGCAGCGGGGCGGACAUAGGCGAAUACUUUGAGAGAUUAAGAACGCCGGCGUCACCGGAGAAAGGACGGAACAUAUCCGUAACAGAAUUCUAAGGCACGUGUAGGAAGGGGGAAGGAUUAGUUAUUGAUUUGAAGGGUACAUAGAAUAAGGGAAGGAGGAGAGAAAAGGGUUAGGGAAAUUAGUGAGGGAAAUGUGAUAGUAAAUGAUAGGGGUUAGGCGUACACUGCGGUUGUUUAAUUUGUUAAUACGUGAAAACAAUAUCUUCAAGUGUGCGUGAGAGCGCACGCACGCACGCGAUCUUGUUUAACAUUUUUUUAAUGAGAUGCGCUGAGGUGAGGAUGGUGAUAUAUAAUUGAUAUUAGAGGGUAUAAUUAUUAA